UAAUAGAUAAAGAUAAAGGAAACAAGGCAUGAUGUAAAGUAGAAAAAAAGAAAAGAGAAGAAAUCCAUGAAACUGGUACCAGGAGCAGCAAGGCAGACAGGGCCAGAAGCACAACAGAACAAAGGCGAAAUACUCCAGGCUUCCUCUAUUCCAAUUCCAACUCAUCAGCAAGAGAGAUAAAAAUUAAUAACAUCACUUGGAGGUAGAAGAAGAAGAAGAAGAAAAUCACUGAACCCUGAAUCAUGAUGAUGAUGACGACGAUGAAGAACAUGCACUGCCACCACCAGUAAUAUGUCUCUCUCUCUCUCCCUCUCUCCCCAACCAUUACCAACCAAUCAUCAUGAAACAACAACACCUGCAGUCACCACUCCUAAAAGCAGCUAUCAUCAUAAUCAUCAAAACAUUUCCUUCCUUAAAUUUACCCCUCCCAUUCCCAUACCCUUGUUCAUAAUCCAAUCCAAUCCAAUCCAGGUAUUCUCUCUCUCUCUCUCUCACACUCUAAUUCAUUUAUUUCCUCUAACCAUGUCCAUCGCUUCCAUACACCUUCUCCUUCUCCUCUCUCUCUCCUUCCUCUUCAGAUUUCAUCCUGCUUACUCUUCCGUCGUCUCCUCUCCUCAACUCAUCUCUUUACUCUCUCUCAAAUCCUCCCUCAUUCACCCCCUUGACACCUUCCACGACUGGAACCUCACCACAAACCUCUCAUGGUGUUCCUGGUCCGGCGUCCAAUGCCAAAACAACACCAAUCAAAUCACCUCGCUAGACCUCUCCUCCCGAAACCUCUCCGGUACAUUCCCGCCGACAAUUCGCCAUCUCCGCCAUUUACGUCACUUGAAUUUGAGCGGAAAUGCCUUCGAUGGCCCACUCCAGACUCUCUUAUUCGACCUACCCAAUCUCAGAACUCUUGACAUUAGUCGUAAUCUCUUCAAUUCCACUUUCCCUCCGGGAAUCUCCAGGCUCAAAUAUCUCACCUACUUCAAUGCCUACAGCAACAGCUUCACCGGUCAUCUCCCUCAAGAAUUAUCCACCCUCCGUUUUCUCGAAUAUCUUAGCCUCAGUGGAAGCUAUUUCGACGGCCCAAUUCCUGGCUCCUUAAGUAAUUUGGAGAGACUGACAUAUCUUAACCUCGCCGGAAACCUGCUUACCAGUUCAAUUCCGGACGAGUUGGGUUUUAUGACUCAGCUUCAGCGGCUGGAAAUUGGAUAUAAUCAAUUUGAUGGUCCGAUUCCAGCGGGAAUAGGAAAUUUAAAGAACUUGAAGUAUCUUGACAUCGCAUCCGCAAAUCUCUCCGGCGAACUUCUGUUAGAAAUCGGGAACCUUACCAUGCUUGAGACCUUACUCCUACAUAAAAAUCAUUUCUCCGGUCAUAUUCCGGUGAGCUACGGACAGCUUGUCUCCCUGAAUGCUCUCGAUUUAUCAGACAACAAUCUCUCGGGUCCGAUCCCAGAAGAAAUUUGUUCCUUGAAGGAGUUAGUAGUGUUGAACUUGAUGAACAACCUACUCACCGGCGAAAUACCCGGAGGUAUUGGGGAUCUUCCUCACCUCGAAUUUCUCUCUCUAUGGAACAAUUCUCUAUCGGGAAUUCUUCCAAGGAAUUUAGGAUCCAAGUCGACCUUGCAGAAGCUCGAUGUGUCGACAAAUUUUCUUUCAGGUCCAAUUCCGUCUACAGUAUGCGAUGGGAACAGAUUAGAAAAACUCGUCCUCUUUGGAAACAAUUUCACCGGCGAGAUUCCUCCUAAUCUCGCGAACUGCAGGUCUUUGUUGAGGGUACGAAUCCAGCAGAACAAACUGAACGGAUCCAUACCAUUAGGAUUCGGUCUCUUGUCCAACUUGACGUACAUGGACUUAAGCGAAAACAGCUUCUCCGGCGAAAUUCCACCGGACUUUGGCAAUGCUGCCAAGUUAGAAUUCUUGAACAUAUCGGGGAACUCCUUCGACGUUGAAUUGCCGGCGAAUAUAUGGGGCGCACCGAGUUUGCAGAUAUUCUCUGCUUCAUACAGUAAGAUCAAUGGAAGGAUUCCUGAUUUUAUAGGAUGCGGAAAUCUGUACAAGAUUGAAUUAGAAGGGAACAGUUUGAUCGGGAGCAUCCCUUGGGAUAUAGAUCAUUGUUUGAGGUUGAUAUUGUUGAAUUUACGCGGCAAUUCGCUUAGUGGCAUUAUUCCUUGGGAGAUUUCGACACUGCCGGUGAUUACAGACGUCGAUCUGUCUCAUAAUCUGCUCACCGGAACGAUUCCGUCGAAUUUCAACAAUUGCAGCACGUUAGAGAGCUUCAACGUGUCGUAUAAUCAGCUCACCGGUCCGAUUCCAUCUUCCGGCAGAAUAUUUCCAAAUCUACACCCUUCCUCGUUCGACGGUAACGAAGGCCUCUGCGGCGGAAUGUUGAAGAGGCAUUGCGAUUCCGCCGGGGAAAUCGAUUCCAAUCAACAACCAAAAAGGACGGCAAACGAAAUCUGGAUUGUAGCUGCAGGUUUAGCGAUUGGAUUGUUCAUCCUCUUCGUUGGCAGCCGAUGUUUCUACGCAAUCUACGGUCAUCGUCAACUCUCUUGCGAUCGGGACAGAGGAGGGCCAUGGAAGCUAACCGCCUUCCAACGACUAAACUUCACAGCAGAUGACGUUCUCGAGUGCCUUACGAUGUCAGAUAAGAUAAUCGGGAUGGGAUCCACCGGUACAGUUUACAAAGCGGAGAUGCCGAACGGUGAGAACAUAGCCGUGAAGAAGCUAUGGGGAAAACAGAAGGAAACUACCGUAAGACGAAGCGUUUUAGCAGAGGUAGACGUCUUGGGACGCGUCCGCCAUCGAAACAUCGUGAGACUUUUAGGUUGCUGCAGCAACAGCGAAUGCACAAUGCUACUUUACGAAUACAUGGCGAACGGAAGCUUAGACGAUCUUCUUCACGGGAAGAAUAAGGGAGAAAACUUCGCCGCCGAUUGGGUUACACGAUACAAAAUCGCAUUGGGAGUCGCUCAAGGGAUCUGUUAUCUCCACCACGACUGCGAUCCGGCAAUCGUCCACCGUGAUUUGAAGCCCGGUAAUAUAUUGCUGGACGGUGAGAUGGAAGCCAGAGUAGCUGAUUUUGGGUUAGCCAAGCUCAUACAGACUGACGAGUCAAUGUCGGUUAUCGCCGGUUCAUACGGUUACAUCGCGCCUGAAUACGGUUAUACUUUACAGGUUGAUGAGAAGAGUGAUAUAUACAGUUAUGGUGUGGUGUUAAUGGAGAUUGUGACUGGAAAAAGAUCAGUUGAUUCAGAAUUUGGGGACGGGAAUUGUAUUGUGGAUUGGAUGAGGUCGAAGUUGAAAUUGAAGAAGGGAUUGAUGGAUGUUCUAGAUAAGAAGGCUGGGGCAUUGUGGUCGCCGGUGAGGGAAGAGAUGAUGUUGGUGCUGAGAAUUGCGUUGUUAUGUACAAGUCGGAAUCCGGCGGAUCGACCGUCGAUGAGAGAUGUGGUGUCGAUGUUGAAAGAGGCUAAACCUAAGAGGAAAUCUCCGGAUGAUGUUAGUCAUCAUCAUGUGGUUGAUGAGGCUAAUGAUAUUGGAACUCAUUUGUCACAAAAGAAUACUAGUGUUGUUGAAUGUUGAAUGUUAAUAGUUAUUAGUAAGUAUAUAAUAUUAUAUUAUGUUUUUAUUUUUGGGUUGGGUGGUUGCUUAAUUAUUUUAAAUUUGAAUUUUGAAUUUCUUUU